AUUUUAAGCCUCUGUUUAAGUUUCGUGCCGAGAUAGGGAGGGAGAGCACUGAAGUUCAGUACAUUGCCAUGGCGGCAGUAGCGAGCUACUGCAAGCCUUCGCCAUUUGUUACCGGUCAAUCUCAUCCUCGCCUUGAAGUCCCAAGAAACCAAUUGAAUCUAAACAAUAUCUCUUCAGUUGUUUCUUCGACUUUAGCCGCUACAGCUCCUGAAAGUUAAUCCUGUUCUCACACUUGAUUUCUUUCAAGCUUCGAAGAGUCAGGUUAUGCUGUGAAGGUUAUGUAUCAUUGCUUUAUGCUUGGUUCCAUUACAGUUGACACCAACCAAGCAGCAUAGUCCACCUGCACAAUUUGUGCUUCAUAACAAGAGUAUAAAAUCUCUUUUGUUGCUUGGUAUGCCUUCUGAAUGGAUGACAUCCACCAUUCAUCUCAACUAAAAAAUGAAGGAAACAAUUCCAAUCCCUGAGCUUUAGAAGAGAAAGCUGAUGUUCAACCAAAAGAAACCUACUGUAUCACCCAAGAAAACUCUUUCAUAUAGCUCACAGUCUUCUGAGUAGCGAAAAGAAACUGAACUCUCAUUGUGAGAUGUAAUCCAUCAUUUAAACGGACAAACCUCCAAGAAAUUCAAGAGCUUGUUUCCUUUAUUGUCAACAGAAUUGUUCUGGUAUCUUGAUCGAGGAUGACUUCCUUUUCUGCCACAACACAGCCUUCUCUCACCCAAAUCUUAUCACUAUUGCCAACACAGAAGUCCUUAAUAUCUCACCAAAACCCAACCCAACCCUCUUUCUCUCACAAAAACCACACUCCAAAUAUCUCCUUAAGCUCACAAUCAAACAAACCCGUUGACCCCGUUGUCUCGUGGACCUCUUCUAUCUCCCAGCUCUGCCGCAGUGGCCAAUUACUUGAAGCUGCUGCUGAGUUUACCUGCAUGAGGCUGGCUGGAAUACAUCCUAACCACAUCACCUUCGUCUGCAUUCUUUCAGGCUGUGCUGCAUUUCCAGAAAGAAGUGAACUUUUGGGUGCUUUAAUCCAUGGAUAUGUUUGUAAACUUGGUUUAGAUAGGAAUAAUGUGAUGGUGGGGACUGCGCUUGUUUAUAUGUACGCCAAAUAUGGUUUGCUAUAUUUGGCUAGAUUGGUGUUUGACUGUAUGGGCGUGAAAAAUUUGAUCUCUUGGAAUACCAUGAUAGAUGGGUAUGUGAAGAAUGGAGAGAUCGAGUAUGCUCUUGAGUUGUUUGAUAAAAUGCCUGAAAGGGAUGCAAUUUCUUGGACUGCUUUGAUUAAUGGGUUUGUUAAGAGUGGUCAUUAUGAGGAAGCAUUAAAUCAUUUUCGAGAAAUGCAAAUCUCAUGCGUUAUGCCUGAUUAUGUUACCAUUGUCGCUAUUCUUGCAGCUUGUGCCAAUUUAGGAACCCUCGGUCUUGGCUUAUGGAUUCAUCGGCUUGUGUUGAAGAAUGACUUGAAGUACAAUGUCAAGAUAAAUAACUCCUUGAUUGACAUGUAUUCUCGCUGUGGUUGUAUGGAGUAUGCUUGCCAAGUGUUUGAUAAAAUGCAGAAGCGAACUUUGGUGUCAUGGAAUUCAAUUAUUGUGGGUUUUGCUGUUAAUGGCUUUGCAAAGAAAGCAUUGGAGCAUUUCCAUAUGAUGCAAAAGGAAGGGUUUAUUCCAGAUGGAGUUAGCUUCACAGGUGCUCUCACUGCUUGUAGCUAUUCCGGUCUGGUUGAAGAAGGGCUUCAAUAUUUUGAUACCAUGAAGAGGGUUUACAAUGUCAGCCCCCGAAUUGAGCAUUAUGGAUGCAUAGUUGAUCUUUAUAGUCGUGCAGGGAGACUGGAAGAGGCACUGGAGGUAAUAGAAAGCAUGCCCAUGAAGCCAAACGAAGUUGUGUUGGGUUCAUUGUUGGCUGCUUGCAGAACUCAUGGGAAUAUAAGCUUAGCUGAGAGGGUGGUGAAACAUCUGGUUGAAUUGAAUUUUGAAAAUGAUUCUAGUUAUGUGCUUCUUGCAAAUAUGUAUGCAUCUGUUGGAAGGUGGGAUGGGGCGAGUGAGGUUAGGAGAAGAAUGAAAUCCCGUGCAAUACUGAAGAGACCAGGAUUUAGUUCAAUUGAAAUAAAUUGUGAAGUUUAUGAAUUUGUGGCUGGUGAUAAAUCUCAUGUUGACACUGAGAUCAUUUAUGGAAUGCUUGAUCUUCUGUCUUUUGAGUUGAAAUUGUUUGAUUAUGCUCCUAAAAAUGUUGAUGUGGGUUUAUAUGAGAACAGUUGAAAGUUUUAUAAAUUGUUUUUUCAUAUAGAAUUUGUUAUAUUUGUUCUCUUUUGAGGUAUUGUUUUAUCAUUUAUGCACCAACUUUUUAUGGAAUUAUAUUCAUAGAAUCUUAAUUAUCAUAAUCCCCAUUUCUGAUUAACUUAGAGUAGUCCCUGUUGAUACAGACUGUUAAAGCUCUUAGUCGAGAUCUUGAUCCACAUCUUUUUUACUGCGGAGCAUGUCUAUGAAUGUGACUUAUUAGGAAUAAGAAAAAGCAACUCACUCCAUAUUACAAUCAAUCUUGCUUGCUUCCUCCAAAGGUAGACUAGCUAUUUUUAUGCCCAACUUUGCCAGUUUCCAUCCAUUUUCUCUUUCUAAAAUACCAAGCCCCAAUCUCAUUUUGUCAGACAUAAACUGUUCCACUUCAAAUUCAAAAUUUAUAACCCUAUUUGAUUAUAUAGUUUUUGUUUUUCCUUUUUAAACUUAUUCUUCUUUGCAUGACACUCUUGUUAAUGUUAGAACUCAGAACAAAACAACUCUUGUUUGUGAUAACUUGAAGUUAUUACUUUUCUAGUGGAGAAGGAAACAACUCAGUUUAAUUCAGUCGUGUUCUCCAUAUUUUUUUUGUUUAUAUCAAAUUGAAGCUAUUUAUAGCGACCAAGCUAGAGGAAUUCUUACAAUUUAUUUGACUUGCUUUUCACUCAAAAUCUUCCUUUUCUGCCACUCAAUAUCUUAUUUAUCUUAACUAAACUUCUUUUUACUUUUGCUUUACAUAAUCUCAUUUUUUUCCCUACAUAUUAUCUACUUUUGAUAAAAUAAUAGAACUUUCUUUGAAAAACACUCAAAUUCUCGCACCCCUUGUUAAACUUUUUCUUUGUGAUUCCAAAUUUUUCUCUCAAACACUUGAUUUUGCUUUCAGGAGAACCUUAGUUAGGAUAUCUGGUAACUAUUCUUUAGAAUUAUAAUGCACCAAAUUUAUUUCUACAUUCUUCUCUAAUUCAUAAAGGAAAUGAAAUUUCCCUUUUCUAUAUUUGGUCAUGCCAUAUUGCGUAAGAUUCUUGGUAAUCAAAAUGACAGAUUUAUUAUCAACUAAGUAACAGUAGCUCCACUUCAGACUUGAUUUAAAAAAUUUUUCUUAGUUAAAUUGCUUGAUUUGCAGAAGCUGAUGUGGAAUAUAUUCUGCCUUAGCUGUGAUUAAAUACGAAUGUCUUGCUUUCUUGAAUUCUAUGAGUAAGAAGAAAAACAAGACCAGAAGUUUUUGAGUCAUCAAUACAUCUUGCUCAAUCACUAUCUUUAAGUCCUUCAAGAACUUCACUCUUAUUGUUCAAAUACCAUAUUCCAAAAUCGAAUGUCUAUUUCAGAUAAUUAAGCACUCUCUUUGCUGCUCCAAAAUUUUCUUGCUUGGAGACUUUAUAAACCUUGAAAGAAGGUCAGCAGAUUACAUCUGGUCAGGUCUAUUUGUUGUUAAAUAUAAAGGACUCCCGACUAAACUUGUCUAGAUAGAUGCAUAAUUCUUGACAUCACGAUCAUCCUUUGACAAAUCUGCCCGCAAGUCAAGUGGAGUUGUAAUGGGCAUACUUUUUUUCUAAUCUUAAACUUCUUAAAAAUAUCUGAAGAUAUGCUUCCUUUGGAGAGGAUAAUGCCAGAAUUACUGGAUUUUCUUCUGAAUAAAGUAUUUUAUUUUGUCCAAAUAUAAUUUCAAAUUCAUCCAUCGUUUCUUUCUUAAAACUCCAUAAAGAUUGAAAUCUGUCUCCAGGCAUCAAUAGAUCAUUUGCACACAGAGAUAGUUACUGACUUCUCAGAUUUGCAACCGUUCACAUUUAGAGUAGGUUCAUUCUCACCCAAAUCUGAAUUUGAAACUUAUUCAUAAUUUCUUUCACAAAACUCUGUAAAGAUUGAUAUAGUUUUCACUCACCAAAAGAUCAUCAGCACAAAAAGAAAAAAGAAAAAAGAUCCCCUGCAUCUCAAAUUUGCAACCCUUCACAUAUAAAUUAGGCUUCUUCUCACUACUCCUGAAUCUAGGCUAGAAUUGACGCUGCCAGGGUGCCUAUUUUAACAUAUAAAGAGUCUUUUUAAGCCUGUAAACUUUGUCUCAUGGUCAAAAAUAAAAAAGCCCUCAAGUCGAUCAGCAAAGACUUCUUUUUGCGCUACCCAUUCAAAAAAGCCAAUGUAACAUCCAUGUGGAAAAUUUUCCAACCCUUUUGUGAAGUAAUGGAAAUUAAUAGCCUAAUUCUAUUCUACCUGGCUAUAGGAGUAAAUGUGUCACCAUAACCAAUCCCCAAACUGAGCAUUGUCCAUAAAAAGUAUAUUUUUUUCCAUGAUAAGAUCAUAAAGUUUCAAUUCAACACCCACUUCAACUAGCACCUUAAAAUUCUUGCGUAAUUUCAUUGGGUGGAUAUGACAUGAUAUUGGGUGUUGAUUGGAUGAAGCAAUUCAUUCCAAUGAUAUUGGACUUUAUACAAGGCACUGUUAAGUUUAACUAUGUUGACUUACUCAUAGUGCUUACAAAAAGUGAUUCUUAUAGGAAGUUAGCCACCAAAAUAAAAGAGUUGAUGCAAGGAAGUGGGCCAAGCAAAAGCAAGCAAAUGAAGGCGGAACUGCAUUUCUGGUGAUGGAAGUUGUAAAGGAGAUAAAAACUCCAGAGACCCCAAAAUAGCAUUCGGAGCAUUGCCUGACCAAUAUAAGGAUGUCUUUGAGGAACCCCCAAGGGUUACCUCGGGUUAGAGUCUUCAAUCACACCAUUUCAAUGACUCAGGAGAAUUCCUUAAUGAAUAUACGUCCUUACAGAUAUUCGUUCCACCAAAAGAAUGAAAUAGAAAAACAAGUUCAGAAGAUGUUGGCGAGUUACUCAUUCGUCCCAGUUGGUACUAUUGGUCAAGAAGAAGGAUGGUACUUGGAGGUUCUAUGUUGAUUAGAAGAAAUUCAAUUCCUUGACUGUAAAUAAUAAGUUUCCAAUACCCAUUAUUGAUGACCUUCUUGAUAAAUUACAUGGAGCAAUUAUUCUU